AUGUGGACAACCACCUCCGGUACGUCGGGGCGUCUGCUCCGCGCGUCCAUCACCUUCACGGCUGUCAUGGGCUUUUCGCUGUUCGGAUACAACCAGGGCAUGAUGUCGGGUCUUAUUGCCGGCGACGAAUUCACGAAAACCUUCGGUACUCUGGCCAUGCCCGAUAACCCGGACGAUGCGACGUACCGGCAUAUCAACGUCAUCCGUGGCGCCGUCACGGCCUGCUAUGAGAUCGGCUGCUUCUUCGGCGCGCUGUUCUCUAUGUUCUUUGGUGAGAAGAUCGGCCGCACCCGGAUCAUCUUUUCUGGCGCGCUGGUCCUGAUCAUCGGCGCGGUGAUCUCGACGGCGGCCUUUGGUCCCCAAUGGGGUCUCGGGCAGUUCGUCGUGGGCCGUGUGAUUUCGGGUCUUGGAAACGGCAUGAACACGGCGACCAUCCCCGUCUGGCAGUCGGAGUGCUCCAGCGCGCAUAACCGCGGGCUGCUGGUGUGCUUUGAAGGCGCGAUGAUUGCCGUGGGCACCUUCAUUGCCUACUGGGUCGUGUUUGGUCUCUCCUAUGUCCCGGAGACCGUCCAGUGGCGGUUCCCGGUGGCGCUGCAGGUGUUCUUCGCGUUGAUCGUGGCAGCCGGCGCGAUGAUGUUCCCGGAAUCGCCGCGGUGGUUCGUGAUGCGAGGAUAUCACAAGGAGGCCUGCGAAGUGAUCGCUAAGCUGAAGAACUCUACCCCCGACUCCGACGAAGUCCUCACCGAGUUCAACUUCAUGAAAGCCGACGUUGAAAUGACCUCGGCCUCGCAGGCAAGCUGGAAGACUGUCUUCACAUUUGGAAAGACUCAGGAGUUCCAGCGUCUCCUCGUGGGCUGUUCCGGUCAGUUCUUCCAGCAGUUUACUGGCUGCAACGCGGCCAUCUACUAUUCGACGCUGCUAUUCGAGGAGAACCUCAACCUCGAACACCGGCUGGCGUUGAUCAUGGGCGGCGUGUUCGCGACGGUCUAUGCGCUUGCGACGAUUCCCUCCUUCUUUAUGGUUGAACGGGUUGGCCGCCGCAAGCUCUACCUGAUCGGCUUCCUCGGACAGGGCCUCAGCUUCGUGAUUACGUUUGCCUGCUUGAUCAAGCCCACCACGGAGAACUCCAAGGGCGCGAUUGUCGGCAUCUUCCUCUUCAUCACCUUCUUCGCCUUCACCCUCCUGCCUCUGCCCUGGAUCUACCCGCCUGAGAUUAACCCGCUGCGUACCCGCACGGUCGGUGCCGCGGCUUCGACCUGCACCAACUGGAUCUGCAACUUUGCUGUGGUCAUGUUCACCCCGCUGUUUGCGGCCAGCAGCGGCUGGGGCGUGUAUCUUUUCUUUGCCCUGAUCAACCUGAUCGGCGUCCCGUUCGGCUGGUUCUUCUUCGUGGAAACCGCCGGCCGCGAGCUCGAAGAGAUCGAUAUCGUCUACGCCAAGGCGCAUGUCGAGAAGAAGUGGCCGUUCAUGGUCGCCAAGGACAUGCCGAAGCUCAGCCUCGAGGAGAUCACCCAGCAGUCCCGCGAGCUGGGCUUGGAUUUGAACGAUUCUUCGCCGCCGGACCAGAACGAGUCCGGCCUCAGCAGUGACAAUGACCAGAGUGUCGCCGAGAAGCAGUAG